AUGGCCCUGGCCCUGGCCCCGGCCCCGCGGCUCCUCUUCUCCGCUGGCACACCCUCCUCCUCCGCCGCCCCCCCCUCCACCACCACCACCGCCCCAACCUACUCGCGAUCAUACGAAUCCAGCGGCUCCCCCGCCGAGGGUGUCGCCAUGCUCCCCGAUGCCCCGUCACUGAACGGCCCCGGGUUGCUGCAGUCGCUGGGCGGCGGUGCGGCGGGCCCGCACUCCCACUCCCACCAUCAGUCGCAGCAGCCGUUGCAGCAGAAACGGGCGUAUCGCCAGCGCCGGAAGGACCCCAGUUGCGAUGCGUGUCGCGAGCGCAAAGUCAAGUGUGACGCGUCCGAGUCCUCCAGUUGCACAGAGUGCACCAACCGCAAGGUGCGCUGUCAGUUCACCAAGGAGACUAACAGGCGCAUGUCGUCGAUCAAGCAAGUCCAAGACCUCGAGAAGCAGCUGCUGUUCACCAAGCAACAGCUCCAGCAACUGCGAUCGGGCAUGCUGCGGUCUGACAACCUGAUGGACCUGGACAUCGACGGCGCCGGACAACCUCAGCUGAAGCUCCCCGACCUCGGAUACCAACCCCCGCGCCGACCCAAGACCCCGGUGAUGCAGGACCUGACGGAGGCGCGCGCCAACCUGCGGAAAUAUGGGAAGGGCAUCCUGCGCGUGCCGCCGCCAUACCGCCAGCAGGGGCCCAGCUCGGUGCUGUCCACCGACCCCCCGCGACUGCCCCCGAAGGAGGUCGCCGAUCGGCUAUUGGGGCAGUAUUAUGCCUGCAUCCACGCCGUCCUCCCGGUCAUCCACUGGCCCACCUUCGCCGACCAGUACGAGAAGGUCUACCAGGCCGGGUCGCUCCUCGGGGUGCCCCGAGAAUGGGCGGCAGUCCUGUUUGGCGUCUUCGCCUGUGGGUGUCUGCACACCCUGGACGCGAAUCGGGAGCAAGAGGGGAAAGACUACGUGAAGGUCAGCUGCGGGGUGAUCGACGUGUGGCAGGACAACUUCACCCUGGACCAGGCCCGGGCGGCGCUGCUGGUCAGUAUUUUCCUGUACGAGGUGAAUUCCCAGUCCGCGAGCUGGGUCUGGAUCGGAUCCGCCAUCCGGGUCGCCCAGGAGAUCGGACUGCACCUGGAGUCGGGGCCGUGGUCCCUGCUGGAAGGCGAGAUGCGCAAGCGGGUGUGGUGGGGGAUGUACACCUGGGACAGACUGCUCGCCUUGGAGAUGGGGAAACCGGUUCUGAUCAACGAUCAGGACUGCGACGUCGACCUCCCAUGUCCCAUCGACGAGCAGUACCUCCUGGAGGGCGCGAUCGUGCCGGACAGCCCGCAAACAUCGCCGCUUCUUGCAACGAUCCACGUCGUGCGCUCGAUCGGGCAGCUCUCGCGCACCUUGCGCAGUCCGACCAUCAGCUCCGGCACCCUCGACACCUUCGAGCGACACUUCCACGCCUGCCUCGCGACAUUCCCGUCGCAAUACCAGCCCAAGGCCGAACAGUACCUCGAUCCGCGGACCCUGGCGCCGGUCCUAUACCUCCAAAACGCGCGACUGCUUCUACAUCGCCAUAAUAUCUCCCCUUCCUGUCUACCCGACGCGCGAACCUCCGCCAUGGACUACUGUGUUUCGAUCUGCCAGGACACCGCACACCUGGUGUCGCGCUGCAUGCGGCCCCCGUCGGGCGGGUUCGCUGGCGAUGAUGACUGGAGGCCGCUGUUGGCCUCCUCAGCCGGGACGAUGCUGUGCCUGCAUCUCUGGCGCUGCACGCUCCUGCUGCUCUUCCGGCAGGAGUUCGUGGCCGCCCUGGUCUGCGUCCAAGCCAGCGCCAUCGUCGGAGAUUCCCGCGCCGUAAACGCCGCCUGCGGCCGCUACGUGGCCUUCUUCCUGAAAGUGCUCCUCGACCAUCUCCGCUGCAACCAGGCCACCCCCCUGUCCGAGCGCGACGAGGAGCUGCUCGCCUACGUCUCGGGCGACAUGCAAAGCGCGGCGGAGGGCAGCUGGGUGUGGCAAGGCAGCGAGACCGGCUCGCAACUCGAGGAGAUGUCGCUGUCCGCGCAGACCAGCAGCCCCGUCUCGUACGCUCGCUCCGACACAAACGACCGCAUGACCGACGCGACCGACUCCUGGGAAGGCUGGGCCUGGGUCGAGCAGACCGUGCAGUAUCUCAGCGAGCACCAGCAGGAGCAAGACCUGCAGCGGCAGCAGCAAUCCAAGGCCGUCGAACCCACCACCUACCUCGGCCCCGACACCACCACCACUACGACCUCAAACACCAACCCCAGCUCGGACGCCACCACGCCCCAGUCCAGCACCUCUCAUUCGCGCAUGACUAUCGCGAGCAUUAUUUGAUAUGAUACCAACCAGGCCGGGCGGGCGCGCUCCGAUGCCGAACCCUUCGCUGUACUAUCUUUAAUCUGUAUUAUUGUCCAGGCGAUUCUGUGGGCUACACAGGCAUGUGAGAUGAGAUCAUGGAUAACGAAUGAUUGUUCUUUUGCGUUCGUAGACUGAGACGGUGCUGUAAUCUAGCUACACUUCCCUUUACUUUAAUUCUGUUAUUUCUCCGUGGAGAUUGGCGAGUGUUGCUGAUACCCACCCAUGUUUUGGCCAUCUUCCAUCUAAUAUUCAUCUUUCCUUCCAUCUCCCAUCCAUCUAUCUAUUUAUCUAUCUG